AUGAGCGAAUCGACAUCUACGUCACAUUUACCCGUCUCUCUUACACAGUCCGAUCCGGCGGUUCUGAUGCUUACAUCGGGUACAACUGGCAAACCCAAGGCGGUGCAGCUCAGUCAUGGUCAGAUUCUAGCUUCCUUGCAAGGCAAAGCCAAGUCUGCGAGACAGGACGACGACGGUCCCUAUCUCAACUGGAUCGGCAUGGACCAUGUCGCGUGCCUGACUGAGAUUCACCUCCAUGCGAUAUAUAUGGGCAUCUCUCAAGUCCAUAUCCCCGCCAACGAGGUGCUGUCCAACCCUUUGCAGCUACUCAAUGUUGUCAGCCGCCAUCGGGCAACGCGGACAUUCGCCCCUCAUUCGUUCUUGGCGAAGCUAUGUAGAGAGCUUGCGUCGGACAAGCCAUCGUCGUUGGACGAAGAUCUGGAUCUCGGAUGCCUUCGAUGGCUCGGUUCCGGGGGAGAGGCAAACACGGUGGGUGUCUGCGAGGCACUUCAAUCCCAACUCGAGAAGUACGGUGCCUGCAAAAACAUCAUCGUCCCAGGAUUCCGCAUGACAGAAACUUGUGCUGGCUGCAUAUACAACACCAACUGUCUGACAAAUGAUCGAGAAUCAAAACACCAGCAUGUCGCCGUUGGUGAAGGUAUCCCAGGCAUAAAGCUGCGAGUAAGACUCCGAGACGGCCAGGGGUCGGCUACCGAUGCUCCGGCGGGCGAAAUUGGGCUUUUGCAGCUUUCAGGGGAUGUGGUCUUUAAUGGGUAUUAUAAUGAUCGCGACUCUACCGCGGCUGCAUUCACAAUCGAUGGCUGGUUUACUACUGGUGACCUUGCUCGCGUCAACCCCGACGGCCAAGUAAACCUCCACGGACGCUCUAAAGAUACAAUGAUUAUCAACGGAGUGAAGCAUUCUCCAAGUGAGCUGGAAGGCCAUCUCGACAAGGAGCUGAUUCUCGGGGCAGUUCCAGGCUCUUAUUGCUGCUUCUCAACUUUACCUCAGUGGGCUGACACGGAGCAGAUCGUCGUCGCGUACCUGCCCUCCAUCGAGGAGGAUGACAUACGAGGCCGGUGCAAAACUCACAAUAGGAUACUCGAAGUCGUCGGCGUACACACAUCUUCGUCCGCCAUCAUUCUUCCUCUUAAUGCCGUGGAUAUCAAGCCAUCUGUCCUGGGAAAGCUGCCCAGGGGCUCAAUCAAAGCAGCUUUUGAGAAGGGAGUCUACAUCGAGGAGUUGCGUAAGGCGAGCGAAGCCUCCAGAGGAGACCAUGCCAUCACGGAGAGGAUUGAUUCACCACUUGAGACAAUCAUUUGCGACGCAUUUCGGAACUAUUUCCAAGUCGUCGAAGACUCACAUAUCAGCGCCGAAAGUUCGAUUUUCUUGCUUGGUGCUACGUCGAUGGACCUCAUCAAAAUCAGCCGCCUGAUUUCGGAUCGACUACAGUUACAAGAAAGACUCACGCUCAGCCAAAUCCUGAGAAAUCCAACACCUCGACGCCUAGCUACUGUAGUCCAGGGGUCCGGGAGGAAGGAUUCGAUAGGAAACCCAGUGGUCACUCUCCGUUCAGAGGGCGAAAGGACACCCCUGUGGCUCGUACAUCCCGGUGUCGGAGAAGUCCUUGUUUUCAUGAACCUUGUAAGACAUAUUGACGAUCGGCCAGUGUACGCUUUCCGCGCCGAGGGCCUCGAAAGCGGUACUUCACCAUUUACUACCCUGGGUGCAUUGCUGGAUCACUACUUUGAACAUCUCAAAGCGGUCCAGCCGAAAGGCCCGUACGCCAUCGCGGGCUAUUCGUUCGGCGCCAUGAUUGCUUUUGAAGUAUGUAAGAAACUGGAGGCGGCAGGCGAUGAGGUUCGAUAUUGCGGAUGCUGGAACCUACCGCCGCACAUCAAGGAUCGCAUGAGGCAGCUCGGUUGGGUAGAAUGUCUCGCUAAUCUGUUCCACUUCACGAAGCUCAUGGAACAAGAUCUUGCUAUGCAACAGAUACCGCUGCUGCGCAAAACCACCAAGACAGAGGCAGUCGCCCACCUUCGGACCCUCUGCAACGUAAAUCGUUGGCUUGAGUUGGGCCUCAGCGAAGACGAGUACGUCAAAUGGGCAGAUUUAGCAUCGGCACUUCAGAGCCUGGCUCAAGACUACGAACCACAGGGGGCUAUUCGCAGCAUGGACGUGUUUGUCGCAGAUCCCCUGCAGGAGGUGGCUUUCAACCGUGAGGAUUGGGUUCAGGACAAACUGAGCCGGUGGCGGGAUUUCGUGGCUGACGUGCGGUUUCACGACGUUCCAGGGGAGCACUACUCCAUGUUGGACGAAGCGAACGUUUCGCAGUUUGCCGGGAAGCUGAAAGAGAUCUGGAGACACGAGGAGUCUAGGAUGAGUCGAUGUCACAAAUGCUCACCUCUUAUGGUACGCGCCAAGGUAGAUUUUAGCCCUCAAACAUGUCCAUAUUCUGUUUGCAGUGUCGAAAGAUGA